AUGGCUGGCAAGGGAAUUGGCUGCUUGGCCGAGGCCAUGGGCGCUCUGCGGGUGUCUGCUAAGCCGGCGACAAUCUCCAGAGCCUUUACACGAUCAAUGGCUACACAAGUCUCGUCAAGCGAUGCCUCGACAGAAACAACCAAAGAUACCAGCACCACACAGACCAUUCUAGGUUCAUGGAAGCCCAUCGAAACCGUACCCGUCACAAUCCACAACUUUCCCUCGUUGGAACCCACCGCACUCGAGCGAUGGUCCGUUGACCACCUUUACCUCCCUCUCCGUCGCGAUCUCCUCCACCUUGCCGUUGUCUACGAAGGCGACAACACCCGUCAAGGUACCGCCUCCACCAAGACCCGAUUCGACGUCCACGGUUCCCACCGAAAGAUGCGACCUCAAAAAGGUACCGGUCGUGCCCGUAUGGGAACCAAGCAAAGUCCCAUACUGCGAGGUGGAGGAAAAACAUUCGGCCCUCACCCCCGCGACUUUGGCACCCAUCUGAACCGCAAGGUCUACGACAAGGCCUGGCGUACCGCUCUGAGCUACCGCUACCGACAGGGCGAUUUGAUCGUGUGCGAGGAUGGCAUGGAUCUUGUGCUGCCGACAGACUACGAGAUGGUAGCUGGAAAGUACCUCAAGGAUGGACUAAAGGAGGCGUAUCUCAAGCGAUACAUGACAGGAGUGAUGAGCAACCUUGGUUUGGGUCGUGCCGCUGGCCGAACUCUCUUUGUCACGGGAGACCGACGUGAGGCUCUCUUCGACGCUAUGGAGCAGGUCCCUUGGGAUGGCCGAGCACUGGGAAUUGAGGAUGUCGACGUCAAGGACCUGUUGGAGACGGGCAAGGUUGUUCUGGAGCGAAGUGUGCUCAAGGAGCUGAUCGAGAAACACCAGAGUGAUUUGGUGAGCAGAGUCGUCAUGCAAGGUCUUGUCAAGGGCGGACCUGAGGCAGGGACGAGAGUGAUCGGAGCUUGA